GCAGAUAUAUUCGCCACUCUGUAAAAGGUAGUUAGUUGUCAGUUUCGGAUCCCAAUCUUCCAUUGUUGGUACGGUCGUGACAGGAAGACGCAGAAGGCUGACUGUCUCACGUCUUUCACGAUGGCGGCCCACCCACUGCGAGUAGAAAGGCAACGAAGAACGUGUACUGGAUCAGCCGAUUGGCUGACUUAAGCGGGCACGUGGAUCGGUUCUCAAAGAAAAGGCUGAUUGGUGUUCUAAAUGAGUGAAAAUCCUGGCUUGCAGCGAUUGAUAAGCGAACUCGGUACAGAGAACAGACAGGCGAAGUUCACUUUACUCCGGUUGCAUCUCAGAAGAACUAAGUUAUAGAGAAAUGUUAAACCACCUGCAUAGCUCCACAACUCCCAUAGUGACGAAGGACGACGGAACAGGAGAAAGUCUUAAGCCUAAUGGAAGGGUGGAUCACCUUUACACACCCGGUGGAUCCACCCUCCAAGUGUUGGAGUCUACUGGUAUCCAGGGGCGACCCAUGAUCAUCCCAUGCAGCGGAAGUGGCGGCAGCUCAGGCCAAGCUCCGGGUUCUGAUGCAGACAAGCCUCUCAAGCAGAAGCGGCACCGGACCCGGUUCACUCCUACCCAGCUUCAGGAACUAGAGCGAAGCUUCUCCAAGACCCAUUAUCCAGAUAUCUUUAUGAGGGAAGAACUAGCCAUGAGAAUUGGACUCACAGAAUCUCGUGUACAGGUUUGGUUCCAGAACCGCAGAGCCAAGUGGAAAAAAAGGAAGAAGGCAACUAAUGUGUUCAGGAACCCUGGGGUUCUUCUACCGUCCCACAGUCUGCCUCCUCUGGGCUUUAUGAGUGACGGGCUGUGUUCCUUUGGAGCCGGAUCGGAUGCACGCUGGUCCAUGGCUGCGGGUAUGACUCAAAUGGGCACACCACCGCUGACGCUGGGUCCGUCGACUCUCUCACUACAAUCUGGUCUCGGUCAGUCGUUGUCUACCGCUUCCAUGACCGGAAUAAACCAGCCUGGCGUUCCGCUUAACCACGGUCCUUUGGCUGGCUCAGUUACGACUACGGGAUGUAAUGCCUACCCGUCUCACUACGGUCUAAACACGCUCAACUCGCCGUCCGGAAUAGCAACUCCUCACGGCCUCUCCCAAGUAACAACCGGUAUGUCGAUGGUAGUCGCUUCGCCGCCAAUCUCUAGUUCCUCUACGUCGCUGCAGCUGUCCGCCGCCUGUAACAUGUCAAUAGGAGCACUCGAUCCCGGUCUAGGGAACGGUGAAGGAGACGUUUGGCGAGAAACCAGUAUCACGUCGCUGCGCCGAAAGGCCAUAGAACACUCUGCAACAAUGUCCGUGUUCCGAUGAAACCUGUCUUGAUUUCUUUUUCUCCCGUUGAAACAUCCAGAAGAACUUUUAUAUUAUAUAAUGCUGGGCCGUGUGGAAAACACUGCUUGGAAAAGUGUUCUAGGCCACCAUAUUGAAAAACCGUAGUAAUCACCAGUUAGUAUGUCGCAAAACAUGAGUAUUGAGUGCAUUUGUUCGUUAUGAGGUUUAUCAGUUCUCCUGUAGCCUAAGGUAUUUGCUUUUAUCAUCAUUAAGACCGCUGUGAAGUAUACUAGUAACCUGUCUACUUGCACAGGGAGCUUUUACACCAGCUACACACGUGCAAUGUGUAUAUAAUAAGUGUGCGUGUAGCAGUUUCUGAAUAUCUAACAAAAGCAUGAACAAUGUGUGAGAAACUCUCGUGUCGCUAGAAAACAAAGUCUGAAGACGAACAAUAAACGUGUACAUCGAUACACAGGUGUAGUUUAUUUGUCUGUUAGGGUCCAGUCACCUUUAGUAGUACUUCUUUGGUUUCUUAACUUGAAUUCAAAUAAUAUUGUUAAACUACAAACAUCAACGUUGUAAAAAACAUAACACUCGAUAAAAAUCAUUUAACAAAACCCCAAGAACUUUUGUAAAAACAUAACCCUUUAUUACCAUCACUUCACAAAACAUCAGCGUUGUAAAAAUAUAACC